ACUUCCUUAAGAGUCUUGGAAGUCACGUUUGGGUGGAGAUACUCUUCUGCCCACUGAAACUCUCCCUUUGAUUUCCUCUAGAGACUCCCAAGAGGUCCAUCAAUGAGGCAGACAUCAUGAAGCUGCUGUGCUCCAUCUGUGAGGAAAAGAAGAUAAAGGCAGCUAUCAGGCACUCUCGGAGGGGCGCCCUUGUUGCAGGGGCCACGGCCUUCAUUGGUGGCUUGGUGGGUGGUCCUCCAGGAAUAGCUGUUGGGGGGGCCGUUGGAGGUCUGCUAGGUGCCUGGAUGACGAGUGGACAGUUUGAGCCAAUUCCUCAGAUCUUAAUGGAGCUGCCUCCCGCUGAGCAGCAGAAGCUCUUUGAUAAAGUCAUUGCCAUUGUCAGGCACUUGGAUUGGACAAACCCUGUGCAAUUGACCACCCUGGUUAUGGGCAGUGAGUCCCUGAAGCAGAAGCUAGUGACCAUGCUGGUGAACUAUGUCACCAAGGAGCUGGGCGCUAAAAUUCAGUACCAUGACUAGGCUGCUCCUCCUGGGAAGUGGGGGGUAGGCUUCAAUGAUGUGUGGCUCUCCAAAGGUAACUGGGGAGUCUGGGGAAGCCCAGUGAAUCCCCCCGAGAAAUCUGCACUCGUCAGUGAAUGGUAGUUACAGAUGGGUUAGGAUCCCCCUGCACUGGAGUGGAAGGUCCUGCUUGCAAGCAGAACCUUAGCGCUGCAGGUCUUGGCUUGCGGGAGUCUGGAGAGGUUAUUGUGUUCCGCUGAUUUGCUAAGUGUGCUUCCCUCUCCUCCACGGGCUUCUCUUCCAGACGCCUGUUGGCAGGACUGGACCCCUCAAGAUUCAGGGUAUGCCACAGUCAUGUUUACCUCAGCAGCGCGCCCCUUGUCUGCCCACUGACUUCUUAGCGGCCUCACAGGGGCGGCUGGUGUUGAGUGAAGCUGCAAAUGCCCAGUAGGCUGGCCCACCUCCCACUCGCUGCACACCUUGCUCUCCUCUCCUAGGACCUUGUUUCCCAUCUGAAAAUUCAUGGUCGUUCUCGAGUUAGGCAUUUUAAAUGAAACAUUGUCAGUCCAAAGUAUCGGUCUGAGGGAGUGGGCUCCCAACCCAUCUGUAAGAAAUGUUCCCCCUAAUAUCGUAUUCACGUUGU